UGUUCCGGAGUAUUUAUACAUAGUCGCACCGGCAGUGUCGCCAAGACAACAUGACGCUUUGAGCAGUGGACGGUGUGUUAUGAUUUUAAUUGUAAAUUGAGCAACUGUGAAAUAUAAAAACGGCUAACGAGUGAUUAAAUGUUGGAAUAAUGUCUGAGAAAAAGGAAAAGGGUGGUCGAAGAGCAAGGUCAAGGUCACGCAGUUCAAGCUUGUCAAGUAAUGAUGAAAACAAAAAACUUACGAAAGAUGAAAGAAGGGAAAAGAAGUUAAAGAAGAAAAACGGAAGAAAACACUCAAGAUCUAGCAGUUCGAGUUCCUCUAGUUCAGAUGACGAACGCAAAAAGCUUCUGAAAGAAGAAAGAAAUAAGAAGAAAAAUAAUAAAACAGCGAAGGACAAGAAACAAAAGGAAACUGAUAGAAAACAGGGAAAAACCAAAAAGGAGUUGAAGAAGAAAAAGGAACGAAAACGAUCAAGGUCAAGUUCAAGCAGUUCGAGUUCAUCUAGCUCGUCCAGUUCAGACGACGAAAACAAAAAGGAAAAAAAGAGUGGAAAAAAAGAUAAGAAAGCGAUGAAAAACAAACAAAAGGAAAACGAUAGAAAACAGGAAAAAGACAAAAAGGAUUUAAAGAAGAAAAGAGAAAGAAAGCGAUCAAGGUCAAGCAGUUCGAGUUCAUCCAGUUCGUCCAGUUCAGACGACGAAAAGAAAAAAGAAAGGAAACAGAAGGGAAAAAAAGAUAAGAAAGCGAUGAAAAACAAACAGGGAAAAACCAAAAAUGAUAAGAAUGCGAAAGCAACAGCAACGUCCAAAAAGACCGACGUAAAAGUUCCGAGUAGCGAAGAAACUGGUGGGGAAGUAAAAACCGAUGCCGGUGAAUCAAAAGGGCGGGGACAUGAGGACGACAGCGACACAGCUGGAGGGAACUCUAAGACCGAGAACGAAAAUGAAAUAAAACAAGCCACUGACACGAAAGACGAAAGAAAUGACAAUGAAGAUAGUACAAAAUCUCCUUCAUAUUCUGAUGAUACUGAAAAAAAUGAUAAGGUUGAGAGUGAAACCGUCGCUAAUAAUGCAGAAAGAUCAGAUAAAGAAAUCGACGUCGAACAAGACAAAAAAGGUUCAGACAAUGAUCAAACUGUCAUGGAUAAAGACAAUCGACGUCAACAAGACGAAACUAGUGGAGAAAAAAAUAACGACGUCGAAAAACUUGAAGAAAAUGAUGCCGAUGAACAGAAAACGGAAAAUAUGACAUUGUCAAAAUCUAAAAAUGAAAAUAGUACUACUGGAGACACUGGUUCAAAAUCAUUAGACGAUUUUGCCGGCGAUGCAAAACUCUCUACAAAUGAAAACGAACAUUCAAAAACAAAUGAGAGUACCGUAAUUAAUGAUGAAAGUAACAAGAUGAAUUCUGAUGAAAAAACAAAUCCCGAAGUUUUUGACGUGAAUGAAGAAACACACAAGUCUUCAAAAUCUGAAGAUGUGAAUGAUACAAAAAGUCAAACGUCAUCAGUUCAACAAUUGGCAGCAUCACCAGUAAAAGAAAACACGACAGUCGUCACGUCAUCAGAAUCGUCAGAAGUAAAGUCCGGUUCAAAAGAACACGAUAAGGUGCAGCCUGAAGUCUUUCAGGAAGAUAAGCAAGAAGUUGUUCAUAAUAAAGAUAAUCAUUACGAUUCUGAUGACGAUGAUGAAAUUAAAAAUUUAUCUCACAAAACUGACGAUGAAAAUGAUAGUGAAAACGAAACAAAAGACAUAAUUCAUGAUGAAAAUGAUAAAAACGACGUUAAAAGCCAUGAUUUGAUGACAACUAGCCAAAACGAGGACUCUAAUAAAGAAAACGAUAACAUGUCAUACGAUAAGGAAAAGGAAGAACACAAUAAAGAUAACGAUGGCGAUCAAAACGCAUCUGCUAGAAGUGAAACAGAUCAACAACCUUCUGCAAGGAGUGAGAACCAAAAACAUGUGGUUAUCGCACCAGAAGUUCGUAUAACUUCAGCUAAAGAUCGAGAAAAUUCAACAGUCAGUAAUAAAGGAAAACAGUCAAAAAGUCCAAAACCACAGGAAAAUAAAUAUAGAGGAACACCGAGUCCUAGACAACAGACAUAUAAACAGAAACAGGAUGACAGAAAGUUUCGAAGACCAAUCCACAGCGCUCCAGUUAAAGCGCAAAGUCCUAUUUACAGACAAAAGUCGACAGAUGGGCGCCGAUGUUUCAGCAGAGCCUCUCAAUCGGGAAAACAGAAAAAAGAAUAUAAAACAGAAGAACUAAGAAGACUCCAAGAGGUUCUCAAAAAAGAUAAAUCUCAUAUACGAAAACCUAGACAACGUGCUCACUUUCCAUUUGUAUGGACAAGCUUAGAACCAUACUACAAUACUUCUACAGCGGCAUUCUUAAUAGAUUUGUCGGUUGAUGAUCAAGAAUCAAAAACACCUGAACCUGUUGAAACACCCAGAUCUCCGAGGACAAAAAAACGAAACAAAGUAAAUGCGGAUGAAAGGCAACAAGCACCAGUGAUGAGAUCAAGGACAAUUAGCACUCCUGAAGAGUUCCGCCAUAGCUAUGUUAGUCGAAGUACCGCUGUAGGACUUUGUGAUCCAUGGGUAGAUCUAGAGAUGGAUAACACAAUUCUGCCAAAAAUUGGUAGUGCUCAGCGAACGUCAACACGAGGAACAACACAUAGUCCAGAGAGAACAAAAGAACAAAAGAAAGAAAAAGAUGCCAAAGAGAAAGACAAGAAAGACAAGAAGGGAAGCACUCGACUGCCAAAAUUUCCAGUUGUACCGUUCCAUGCCGGAAAGGAAAACGCUACAAUGAGAUUUCCCUAUCAAGAUAUUCCUAAAUUUAGGGAGGAAAUGAAUCAGAGAUUUAGUUUGAAUGCUCCACAGAAGAUCGACAAAGAUUAUAAGCGUACAAAGGAUGAUUUUUACAGAAUGGAUCUAGAUAAAAUAGAGGAAAUUCAUCCGAUGAAUCGACCGCACAUGCGCAAAGCAUACUUUGCAUAUCUUCAAAAUACUCCUGGUUCACGAAAAGCAGUGUCUGAGUGUGUAAAGUCACUUGAUGAGUCACAGAAACCUCAGCAACAGCCAACAGGAUCAGCGCAGAAGGCUAGUUAAAGUGAUAUACAUGAUAUAAGUGUUCUAAUUUGUAUGAAAUAGUAUUAAUUGUACAAUUCCAUCCGUCCAUUAAUAAAUCGUUAGGAAGUGUUGUUAACGAACUUGAGUAACGAUUUUAAUUGCUUUAUUCUCAUUUAUAUAAACAGAUUUAAUUUGAAAAUAUGUUAUACUUCAAUGCCUUGAUGUUGUUUAUAUAGACAUGAUAGAGACAAUUUACUUUUUUUUAAAGUAAGAGUUUUUUUCUUAACUAAAAGCAUAAUAGAUAUAUUUAGACGUCUUUUGAAAAAAACGCGUCAGCAUAAUAGUUUUAAAAGCUCCACAAUAAAAGCAAUUCAUGAUUAUAGAUUGAUUACAUCACGUAUUGUCAAAACUUUUCAAAAGAUGCAUGAUGAGAUACAAAUUACUAUAAAAGUAUCUAUGUUAGUACUGUAGUUAUUAAAUUUAUUGAUCGUUUAAAUUUUGAGGAGAAAACAUUUUUUGCCAUAACUUUUUCUUUUAUUGAAUAUUGGGUAAACUUUGAAAAGUCAGAAAACAAUCGUUUUGGUUGCAGGGUAAUAUUCAGUUGACUAGACAGAUAUAUAUUUUGGAUUUUUUUUAGAUGAGAUAGUCCGCUGUUUAGCUGUAUAACUCUUUAAAAUUAUCAAAACUUUUGUGUCAACCAUUUUCAUGGUUGUAUUUUGAGCUUCUAUGAAACACAUAUUAAUAGGAUAUUUUUCAUACAAUAAGAUAUACACUGUAAUCCCCUAAAAAGGAAUACAUGAAAUGUUCUCAAAUAUUUUACAUACAAUAGUGACAAACAACACUUCGAAAUGUAAUAAAAAAAUAUAUUUUACGUAUUAUUUAUUGUAUAAAUUGGAAUGAUAAGCUGUGAUAAUUGGAGUAUUAUGAAAUGUUCAUUGUUAUCAAUAAAUUAUGAAAAGUG